AUGAAGGCUUUCAUUCUUCUGGCUCUGUUCGCAGUGGCAUAUGCUGCUCCCAUCGAGGAUGACAAGAUUGUCGGAGGCUACGAGUGCAGAAAGAACUCUGUGGCCUACCAGGUCUCUCUGAGCUCUGGCUACCACUUCUGUGGAGGUUCCCUGAUCUCCAGCACCUGGGUGGUGUCUGCUGCUCACUGCUACAAGUCCCGCGUCCAGCUGCGUCUUGGUGAGCACAACAUUGCUGUCAAUGAGGGCACAGAGCAGUUCAUCAACUCUGCUAAGGUCAUCCGUCACCCCAGCUACAACAGCCGCAACCUGGACAAUGACAUCAUGCUGAUCAAGCUGAGCAAGCCCGCCUCCCUGAACAGCUACGUCCGCACCGUGUCCCUGCCCUCCAGCUGUGCCGGCUCUGGCACCCGCUGCCUGAUCUCUGGAUGGGGCAACACCAGCGGCUCUGGAAGCAACUACCCCAAUCAACUGAGGUGCCUGGAUGCCCCCAUCCUGAGCGACAGCAGCUGCAGGUCUGCCUACCCUGGACAGAUCACCUCCAACAUGUUCUGUGCUGGAUUCCUCGAGGGAGGCAAGGACUCCUGCCAGGGUGACUCUGGUGGCCCCGUGGUGUGCAACGGUCAGCUGCAGGGUGUGGUGUCCUGGGGUUAUGGCUGCGCCCAGAGGAACAAGCCUGGAGUCUACGCCAAGGUCUGCAACUACAACACCUGGAUCCGCAACACCAUGGCCUCCAACUAA